GCAAGGUGAUUUCGCAGGCCGCGCGGCGCGGCGCGCGGGGUCACCGGGACCGGGGCGAUCGAUCGAUCAUUGAGAGGCCGCCACGGCCGGCCCGGGCCGCGCCCCUCACCCGCGUGCGUCCCCGCGCUCGGGGCGACGUGGUUCCGUGGGCCCCUCGUCCUUCUCGGGAGCCGGGACGUUGGACAGCACGAUCAAAGGAAACCGUCCUCUUCCGCUUCCCCCCAUUCCCCACUUCCUUCCCCUCAUCCCCCUCCCCCACUAUCCAACAGAGCAGCCCACGCUCUGCCCCCCUCCUCGACCGACCGAUCGCUCCCCGCCGCCGGCGCCAUGGAAUCCAGCGACCCCAGCCCCGCCGCAGUAAGUAAGACGCAAGAAAUAUCCGUACCACCUGUGGAGGGUGUAGCUGGAGGAGGCACUAGUUAUGGCUGGGUGGAUGGAGGCUUACAGGGGUCGCAUCUAGGUUCUAGUGUGAUUGACCCUACUAAGGUGCACUCGGCAGAUCUUUUGCAUGUGUGGUCUAUGCCCAGCACAGCAAAUGUUAGCCAACAAGAAGCACCUCGACCUCUAGAGCAUGUUAACCUUUUGGCAGCAAGAAAUGAAAGGGAAAGUUUUCAAAUCGCGUUACGUCCAAAAGUUUCAUGGGCCAGUUCAGGUAUUGCAGGGCCUGUGCAGAUUCAGUGCACUGAUCUAUGCUCAUCCUCUGGAGGCAGGUUAGUGGUUGGUCAAUCUAUAACGUUGCGACAUGUGGUGCCUAUAUUAGGUGUACCAGAUGCCCUUGUGCCUAUCGAUCCUUCCAGUCCGCAAAUAAACCUACUUCCUGGGGAGACAACUGCAGUAUGGGUCUCACUAAAUGUUCCUUGUGGGCAAGAACCUGGUCUAUAUGAAGGAGAAAUAUGUAUUACUGCUGUGAGGACAGACUCAGAUUCCAAGGCAGACUCGUUACCAAAAUCUGAGAGAUACCAGCUGUAUAAAGACUUAAAGACUUGUCUUGAUAUCACUGAAUCCAGAGACCACUCUUCGUCAGAGGAAAUGUGCUAUAACAUGCAGAUACUAAGACUAUCAUCAACUUCAACCACACUGAGGAGGAUGCUAGUGCUUCCAGCAUUCCAGGACUGCCAUGAGAAUAAUGGAUUAGGAGACAUGAUGGAUGAAGAUGUUAUGAACAAUGUUGCUGUUCGUGUAAAGUUAAGCCUGACUGUGUGGGAUUUCACUCUCCCAUUGACACCUUCCUUACCUGCUGUUUUUGGUAUAUCUGAAACUGUCAUUGAAGACCGGUUUUGUUUGGAGCAUGGCACCAAAGGGUGGUAUGAUGCACUGGAUCAUCACUUCAGGUGGCUCCUCCAGUACAGAAUCAGUCCAUUUUUCUGCAGAUGGGGCGAUAGCAUGCGUAUUCUUGCGUACACAUGCCCCUGGCCUGCUGAUCAUCCAAAGGCUAAUGAAUAUUAUUCUGAUCCAAGACUCGCAGCAUAUGCUGUACCUUACGCGCCUAUUCUGUCAUGUACCGAUGCAGCAAAAAAUUCUCUGCGAAGAGAGGUUGAAAUCUUGAAAACAGAGGCUCAUUGGUCGAAAGCUUACUUCUACUUGUGGGAUGAGCCAUUGAAUAUGGAGCAGUACGAAGUGAUCCGCAACAUCUCUAACGAGUUAAGGACAUACACACCUGAUGUGCGUAUUCUAACAACUUAUUAUGCUGGUCCAAGUGGUUCUGAACUGGCUCCUUCUACGUUCGAGGCUUUUACGAAAGUUCCAAAUGUUCUACGUCCGCAUACACAAAUCUUUUGCACUAGCGAAUGGGUUCUUGGCACAAGAGAGGACUUAGUGAAGGAUAUUAUUGCUGAACUACGACCUGACCUUGGUGAAGAGUGGUGGACAUAUGUUUGUAUGGGGCCUUCUGAUCCUCAACCAAAUUGGCACCUUGGGAUGCGCGGAACCCAGCAUCGGGCAGUGAUGUGGAGAGCAUGGAAGGAGGGUGGCACAGGAUUUCUUUACUGGGGUACCAACUGCUACGAGAAGGCUAUGAUACCAAGUGCCGAGAUCUGUUUCCGACGCGGCCUUCCUCCAGGCGACGGGGUUCUGUUUUACCCUGGCGAGGUGUUUUCUUCGUCAAAGGAACCAGUUGCGUCCCUCAGGCUUGAACGCAUUCUCAGUGGCAUGCAGGACAUUGAAUACUUGAACCUUUACUCCUCAAAGUACGGCAGGGAGGAGGCCUUGGCCCUCCUGGAGAAGACUGGCGCGUAUCUUGGCCCGGAUCGCUAUGCACAUGAUCAUGGGCCAGUUGAUGUGAUGCGCGGUGAGGUAUACCGCACCUGCAGAUCUUAGGGCAGCCAUGCAUACCUGUCGCUCUUUCUUUCUUCCAUUGCGGCAUAUCUGUUGUUGUAUGUGGCUUAUUACACUGUAUUAGCCAACUGAAACUCGCUAAAUACUUUUGAGCAAACUCGUCAAAGCUAGCAGUAAUUGUAGAUACUGCCUGUACUAAAUCAGCGACGAUUAAUAUGGACGGGAAAGGGAUGGAGUAGAAUAUGGUAGUGUGGCCAUCUCCAUACGGGCCUUGUACAUAUACGGACGCUCUUUUUGAAUCGUGUCUGUUUUUCUGUU